AUGAGGAAGAAAGUGGAUUCCCGCAUCCGCACACUGGUGGAGAACUGCGUGAAGACGCGCCAGAGGUCGCUGUACAUCAUCGUGGGCGACAAGGGGAGGGACCAGGCGAGUGAGGAAGGCGUCGUCAACUUGCACUACAUGCUGUCCAAGACCGUGGUCAAGGCCCGGCCGUCGGUCCUGUGGUGCUACAAGAAGGACCUGUACUUGUCCAGCCACCGCAAGAAGCGCAUGCGCCAGAUCCAGAAGAUGUCCCAGCGUGGUCUGCUUGACCCCGAGAAGGAAGACCCCUUCUCCCUCUUUGUGGCCUCCACCAACAUCCGGUAUUGCUACUACUCUGAGACGCACAAGGUGCUGGGAAACACAUACGGCAUGCUGGUCCUUCAGGACUUUGAGGCCCUGACCCCCAACCUGCUCGCGCGGACGGUGGAGACGGUGGAGGGCGGGGGCUGCAUCGUGCUCCUGCUGUCCACGCUGGAGUCGCUGAGCCAGCUGUACUCCCUGACCAUGGACGUCCACUCCCGGCUGAGGACCGAGAGCCACCAGGAAGUGAAGGGCCGCUUUAAUGAGCGCCUGGUGCUGAGCCUGGCAUCCUGCCCCAAUUGCAUCCUCAUGGACGAUGAGCUCAACAUCCUGCCCACCUCCACCCAGGUGCAAAACAUCCACCCCUUGUCCGCGUCGGUGGGCGCCGAGGCGGCGGGAACCUCGGAGCUCCGGGAGCUGGUGGAGAGCCUGGCCGACACCCAGCCGGCCGGGGCGCUGGUGGGCCGGUGCCGCACGCUGGACCAGGCGCGGGCCGUCGCGACCUUCCUGGACGCCGCCAGCGAGAAGACGCUGCGUUCCACGGUGGCGCUGACGGCCGCCCGAGGGCGCGGGAAGUCCGCGUCCCUGGGCCUGGCCAUCGCCGGCGCGCUGGCGCUGGGGUACAGCAACAUCUUCGUCACCGCCCCCAGCCCCGAGAACCUGCGCACCCUGUUCGAGUUCAUCUUCAAGGGCCUUGACGACCUGGACUACAAGGAGCACCUGGACUACGAUCUGGUCGAGAGCACCAACCCCGCCUUUGGCAAGGCCAUCGUGCGCGUCAACGUGUAUAAGACCCACCGCCAGACGGUGCAGUACAUCCAGCCGCAGCACGCCGCCAAGCUGGCGCAGGCCGAGCUGCUGGCGGCGGCCAUCCCGCUGCCCAUGGUCAAGUCGCUGCUGGGCCCCUACCUGGUCUUCCUCUGCUCCACCGUGAAUGGGUAUGAAGGCACGGGCCGCUCUCUGUCCCUCAAGCUCAUCCACCAGCUGCGACAACAGGGCGCCAAGGUGGAGGGCAAGGCGCCCUCGGCCGAGGACGGCAGCGGGGGCCGCACCUUCCGCGAGGUCAUCCUGCGCGACCCAAUCCGCUACGCCUCGGGCGACGAGGUGGAGAAGUGGCUGAACGGCCUGCUGUGCCUGGACGCCGCCGAGCACAUCCCCAAGCCGCCAGGUGAUGGCGGGAAGGCACUGUACUACGUGGAGCGCGACACGCUCUUCUCCUUCCACGCCGCCUCGGAGACCUUCCUGCAGCGCAUGAUGUCGCUCUACGUGGCCUCCCACUACAAGAACUCGCCCAACGACCUGCUGCUCAUGGCCGACGCCCCUGCCCACCACCUCUUCGUCCUGCUGGGCCCCGUGGCCCCCGACGCGCGCGCCCUGCCCGACGUCCUCGCCGUGGUCCAGGUGGCGCUGGAGGGCGCCAUCUCGGCGCGCAGCGCGCGCGCCUCGCUGGCCGCCGGGCAGCUGCCACAGGGCGACCUCAUCCCCUGGACGGUGGGCCAGCAGUUCCAGGACGCCGACUUCCCCGCGCUGUCGGGCGCGCGCGUGGUGCGCAUCGCCACGCACCCCGAGGUGGUGCGAGCGGGCUACGGCUCGCGCGCCAUGGACCUCCUGCGCCAGUACUACGAGGGCGGCCUGGCCGAGCUGGCCAGCGACGACGAGGGGGGGGCCGGCGGGGGUGCCGGCGGCGGGGCCGCCUCAAGCAGGGCGGCGGCGGGCGACCGGGCCGCGCAAGCAGCCGGGUCGCUGCUGGAGGAAAAGCUGGCGCCGCGCGCCAGCCUGCCCCCGCUGCUGGUCGCUUUGCAGGACCGGCCCGCCGAGUCGCUGCACUACCUGGGAGUUUCCUGCGGCGUGACGCAGGAGCUGUUCAGCUUCUGGCGCCGCGCGGGCUACCGCCCCGUCUACAUCCGGCAGACGCCCAGCGACGCGACCGGCGAGCACACGGUGAUCAUGCUGCGCACGCUGCGCUCGCAGGACCUCGCCUCCGACGCCUGGCUGGACCCCUUCGUGGCCGACUUCCGGUCGCGCUUCGCGGCCCUGCUCCCCGCCGCCUUCCGCGCCUUCCCCCCCGCCCUGGCGCUGUCCGUGCUGGACCCGCGCCUGGCCUGGAGCGAGGCCGAGGUCCAGGCCGGGGUCCAGGGGGGGCUGGCCCUGGCCAAGCUGGACGGGGGGGAGCUGUCGCCCCACGACCUCAAGCGCCUGCAGGCCUACUCGGCCAACCUGGUGGACCACCACCUGAUCCUGGACCUGGUGCCGCCGCUGGCGGGGGCAUACUUUGCAGGGCGACUCCCCGCCACGCUGUCCUACACCCAGGCCGCCAUCCUGCUCAGCCUGGGCCUGCAGCGCCUUGACAUUGCUCAAGUAGAGGAGGCGCUGGGCCUGCCAGCCUCCCAGACCCUGGCGCUGUUCAACAAGGCGCUGCGACGCCUGCACGCCCACCUUCGCGCCGCGAAGGAAGCCGCCGUGGAGAGGACGCUGCCGGCGCCCAAGCCGCUGGCCCUGCUGCCGCACGCCCAGGACCUGGAUGCUGAGCUGGACGAGGCGGCGGCUGCCGUGCGCGCCAGCAGUGCGCCCACCUUCCGGCCCGAGGACGUGGAGGAGUACGCCAUCCGCUUUGGGGAUGCGGACUUGGAGGAGGCCGUGGGCGCCGGCGUGCGGCCAGGGCUGGUGAGCGUGAAGGUCGACGGCGAGAAGACACCCAAGAAGAAGCGGGAGGGAGGCAAGACACCCUCCAGCCGGUCCGGCAUCAAGUCGGGGGGGAAGCGGAAUGGGACCCCUGGCGGACCCAAGUCGCACAAGAAGCAAAAGACGCCAGCCUGA